UGUAACGUUUAAAGUUUGUUUAGCAUGUUUUACAGUAGGCUAGAGUAUUUGCAAUAUUUCUCCUCUUGUAAUAAUAUUGUCAAAAGAAAGGGAGCGUUUGUAGCCUACAUUCUAAGUGCAAGCAGAUAUGCAGGGGAGGUGCAAGGUGACUAAAACUAAUUUACAAAUCGCCUAAAUAUAGCUUGUCCUAUUCGUAUUGUAGUUGAGGUUGUUCUCUGGGAGACCAUGUGAAACGUGACGUAGCCGAAGCCGAUGUUUUAACUCCGGACACCUGCAGCAGGCGUAGGCUAUGAGGACUUCGUCCCCUGACCUCUGCCGGUCGUUGCCGCUGCUCAGACUGUUGCGUUUCCUUUAGCGCCCUACAGCGCUCCUGAGCCACUCUCUGCAUGGGUUGGAUACUGAGCCGCAAUCUGGGCUAUAACACCAACUCGCGCCUCUGCAAUCACAAAGAAAAUGCAACAUCAUUUCUCACACGACCAGCACAGCUGAGGGAGAAGGCAGACAUGCAGAGGCUCCAUUCAGUCGAGGCGCUGUGACCCAUGCCUGGUGCCUUCGGAGCUGCAGCUGUGCCCACAGGCCCCCUGGUGCCCUCCUGCCCCUCCUCUCCCGCUCUCCUGAUGUACUAAAAGCACACAUUGCUGAAUGUAAGUGAUUAUCAAUGACUUUUGGGUGUUUGGGGAUACAUUAAGGUGGCAAAUGGUUUGUUUUGGCUUAGCGUGAAAGACGUGUAAAAUCAGUUCUGCAUGUGUAAAUGUCUGCUGGCUCAUUUUCUGUAUUGGAUGUGCAGGGUUUGAUGGAGAUCUGGUCGGAUGACAGCUGGAACUGUUGUCAUAACUGGAGGAAUUCUCGCAACGGUGAUACUCCUGUGUAUCAUAGCAGUGCUGUGUUACUGUAGACUCCAGUAUUACUGCUGUAAGAGGAAUGACUCGGAAGUGGACGCAGGCUCUACCGGGGACCCUCAGCCACAGUUUGCCUGCAACGCGUGCAGCGCCCCCGGGGUGGACGGCUCGGCGGUCACGCCUCUCGCGCUGCCGUACGAGCCGGCGGCGGCGGCGCGGCUGCCGCAGCAUCAGUUGCCGCCGGCGCCCAAAUUCUGCCCGACGUGCUCGCCCUACUACAUGCGCUCCAUGGACGACCUGCGCAACGGCGGCGAGCGGAUGGCCUUCAUGCCUGCCCACUACGAGAACCCGGCCGCGUCUUUCUCCAUGUCCUCCCUGCACUCGGCGCCGCUGAGUAGCCGCUCCACCCCCGACUUCUACACCAACACCCGCGCCAUCAGCACCGACGUCUGAGCCGAGGCGGGAACACACCCAAUGGCAGGACACAAUACCCAACCACACCCCCCCACCCCACCCCCAAAAAAGAUCGGAAAAAAUGUAUUUUGCCACCCAUCAUGGCACAGGAAGGGAAAUUGACCUUAACAGGGGUCACCUGUGAAGGUCAUAUCUACUACAGGCCAUCCCCCCCACCGAUGCCAACCGUCCCAGUUCCCUCACGACUUGUCCUCGGUUCUCGGUUUUUGAUCCAGUUUUUCUCUCUCCUGUAAGCUUUCCCCUCUCUGCUGCCAACCUUUUCUCUUUUUCAUUCGACAGACAUGAACUGUGAGGGCUAUAUGCCGAGUGCUCUUUUCCCCUCUCACCUUCUCUGCGGUCUGUUUUACCCUCUUGUUAGUUGGAAAAAAGAAAGUUAAUAGAAAUAUGUACUCGUUGCUCGACUGGGAGAAUUGAUACUCUUACUUCUAAGGAUCACUGUGUUUUAUUUUCAUUUUGUAGAUCUGUAGCAAACAGAAAAAGAGUCAAACAAUUUUAAGGUUGUCUCUAUGCAAGUACUGUAUGCCAGAUAUUAAAAUGGAGAAGAGAACAAGACUUCCAAAAGACCCCUGUAAUGUAACAGAGGUUACUUCUCUGCGAACACAUACAAUGUGAGGGGCAGGGCAGAUUUGUACAUAUAAUUUACCUUUUUCGCGGCUGCUAUGUCUGAGUGAAAGUGGAUAUGAAUUGUAUUAUUAUGAAAUUACCUCUAUGAUUCUUUCCACAUUACCAGUUUGUUUUCCCAGGGGAACAUUGCCUCUUCAUUUUGAGACAGCAAAAUGUGCAAGUCCAGAAUUGUUAUUCACAGGUUUUGUUUCUAUGGCUGACUGGCUGUUCUAUUAAUUUACAUAAUGAGCAUUAUGUUAUGCAGUCACAUUAUCUCUUCUUUUUCAUUUCUCUCGAGUAGAGUGUGUCUUUUUAAACUGCAUUGUGUUUAGUGUUAAAUGAAUGAAAUAUCUGUUAAUUGUAUGUAUGGUUUCUAUCAAUGUACCACCUAUGAAUGUCCCAUUAUGUUCAUCUCCACAGUGCAUUUACCUUCCUAGUUUCUCCUGUGUUUUAUUCUGUUCCGUUUUGGACCCAACGUAUCCAUGAAAUAGUCUUUAUAAAUAUUAUCACACCUUCACCAGGACACAAAACUUCCCUGCUGUGUUAUAAAUGACUUUAAAUUGUUGAAUUAUUAAAUAUGUUGAAAUAAUAAUUAUAUAUACUGAAAUUAAAGUUUUUUCACUGUGUUCACCAAGUGUCGUGAAUAUUCACACUAAAGCAACAUAUAAAACCAAUUAUCAAUUCAAUUCUGUCAUGGGUUUUAUUCAGUCCAUAUCUACAUGAUUUUAUAUCCAUUAACAUUAGCAUUAAAAUUAUGUAAACUUACUUUCUAAUAUAAUGUGACCCAUAGCUUUACACUAUAGAAUGCAGCAAUUUACUGCAAAACACUUACGGCCUACAGCUUCCUCUCAAAAGUGAUUUUAAUGUCUUAGACCUAAAACAUUAUUUAAUUUGUCAUUUGAAAUUCCUCAA